AUGUCGGCCAACUUCUACCUCUCGUCGCACGCCAACCAGCACCUGCAUCCUCGAGCGGCUCUCGUCACCGCUCGUCUCGAGGACUACCGCCUCGCCAACGAGCAGGAACUCGGCUGGAUCGAGAUCUGGAGCGCGAGCGCCAUGCAGAAGAUCUGCAAGCGGCUCGGCCUGCGGCAGCAAGUACUCGCGACCGCCAUCGUCUUCUUCCGCCGCUUCUACCUCCGCAACUCGUACUGCGAGACCGACCCGGCUCUCGUCGCCGCCGCCUGCUGCUACGUCGCCGCAAAGGCCGAGGAGACGCCCGUACACGUCAAGAGCGCCGUCGGCGAAGCCAAGGUCGUCUUCAACGACAUGGGCCUGCACGGCUUCACGUCCGAGAACCACCGCCUCGCCGAGAUGGAGUUCUACCUCCUCGAGGAGCUCGACUUUCACCUCAUCGUGUUUCACCCGUACCGGGCCCUUGUCCAGCUGUGCGGGCGCGAUGGUGGCGCGGCGACCGGCGGCGACGAGGGCAAGGCGAGUCGUGCGGGCAUGCUCGAGAUGGACGACACGGCUCUCCAGAUGGCCUGGUUCAUCAUCAACGACACGUUCCGCUCGUCCCUGUGCCUCGUACACCCGCCGCACCUGAUCGCCGUCGCCGCCGUCUACCUCGCCUUUGCGCUGCACCCUCCCGCAUCCGCCUCGAGCCAGAUCCUCGCCUCGCCCACCACGCCCGACGACCCGGCUGGAGGCGUCGUCGGGCCGGGAGGGCACACGGACCCGAUCACGUUCCUCGCGUCGCUCCAGGUCGACACGUCGCUCGUGCUCGAGAUCGUCCAGGAGAUCGUCUCGCUGUACGAGCUGUGGGCCCAGCUCGAGGCGGGCCCGUCGUCGUCGGGCAACGGGUCGAGCGCCGGCCCGGCUGCGGCCGCCAUGGGCGUCGGCUCGUCGUCGACGUCGUCGCGCUCGAACGCCGCGACUGCAACCGGGCGUGCGCAAGGGCCCGACGAGCGCGUCGUCGCCAUCCUGCGGCGCAUGCAGGAGCAGCGCAUGCGCGACAUCCGCGACGAGCGCACCAAGCUGGCCCAGGCGUCGCAGGCGGCGAGCAGGCGGGCCGGCUGA